AUGGAGUCAUUAUUAGUAAAUUUCAAAUAUCUCCAAGUGACUUUGAACACACCGAAAGGUAAUAAUUAUCAAUUCAAUCAAUUCUUUUUAUCGAAAACAAAAACACUUAUUAUUAAUCUUACAAAAGCUUUUUAUGAUCGAACAAAAUCUGAAUUAUUAUUACAUAUUCGUUGUUUAAUACUUGGUCAGUCAAUAUGUAAACAGUUCAAAUCAAUUCAACUAUCGAAUUUUCCAUAUCUUGAACGUUUAAAAUCAAUAAAUUUAAGAUUGGUUUAUGAAACCGCAAAACUUUAUCAAUUAAUUUUUUCGAAUAAAUUUCGCUAUUUAUAUUCAUGUUCAUUACCUCGCACUUCUUAUGGAAUUAAUAAUCGAUGGACUUGUUCUUUGAAUCUUCGAUCGUUUCAAAUAAAUAUUUUGGAUAUUCUUGUCUAUAUUCAAAUUCUUGAUGCGUGUCCACAGCUUAUUCAUUUAAAAAUUGAAGUCACUAGAAGAACAAAUGAAGAAAAACCUCUAGUAAUUAACCCAAAUAAAAAUCAUUCCUCACUUCGACGUUUGGGCCUUUGUUGCUCUAAUUCAGCAACAUGUAAUUUUAUUGAUAUAAUACUUUCUUUUGUACCUAGUCUUGAAUAG